CCUUUGCCUCACGUGGGAGAGGUAGGCGACGACCAAUGGACGCGCGCAGCAGAGGGCGGAAGGGAGGCCGGCGCCGUCGUAGAUGUGGGGGCCGCUCGCUCGCUCCCUCUCUUGUUCCCUCCGACGCUAUCAAAUGACGCUGUUUGGAAAAAUCUCCCAGCAGUUCUGCAGUUUAAAGACACUCCCAUGGUCAUGUGACUCCAGGUCCUUCUGGGGCUGGUUGAAUGCAGUAUUUAAUAAAGUGGAUCAUGAACGCAUCAGGGAUGUUGGCCCAGAUAGGGCGGCGUCUGAGUGGCUGCUGCGCUGUGGGGCCAUGGUGCGGUACCAUGGCCAGGAGAGGUGGCAGAAGGACUACAACCACCUUCCAACAGGCCCUCUGGACAAAUAUAAGAUUCAGGCAAUCGACGCUACCAACUCUUGUAUCAUGGAAAUUGGGUUUGAUCACAUGGAGGGCCUACAGCAUGUUGAAAAAAUAAAACUAUGCAAGUGUCAUUAUAUCCAGGAUGGCUGUUUAAAGAGGCUUGGUCAAAUUGAAAAUUUACAAAAAAGCAUCUUGGAAAUGGAAAUAAUUUCCUGUGGGAAUGUCACAGACAAAGGCAUCAUUGCUUUGCAUCCCUUAAGAAACCUCAAGUAUUUGUUGUUAUGUGAUCUUCCUGGAGUAAGAGAAAAAGAAAAGAUUAUUCAAGCCUUUCAGAUAUCACUGCCUUCUCUGAAGCUAAAAUUAGACUUGAAGUAAAAUAAUAAUAAUUAACAAGUGUGUUAUUUCAUUGUAAAGAAUCAUUUGAAAUUGUUGAUUCUAAACAGCAGCAAAUAUCUUAAUUAUUAACAGAACUAUAAGGAUGUCGGAUCAUGACAUUUUAAUAGGGGAAAGGGCAUGCUGAGUCCAUAUGUAGAAAAUAGACGUGACUUACGAUAGUUACUAAGUUGGAAAUGACAAUUUAUAUACAUUAAAUCAUUUUAAGCAAAAUGCACAGCAGGUGGCAUUUAAAUUCUGAUAUAUUCCUCAGAUAAUAAUAUAGGCAUUUCUUGAUGUUGAUAGUAAUAUAGAAGUCUUCAAAGUGAUCUGAAUGUCCGACACAGAUAUUCUUUAUUAUGUUAUAUGUAACUGUAAUUUACUUUAGAUUUUACUAUAACUUCAAAGUUACUAAAGCAUGUUACUAUAAAUGCACAAUUGUGAAAAUGUAAAGCUAAAUUACAGAUUCAUUGAUGAUGGAAUCAAUUCUGUGGAGCUGUUAGUGGUUACUGAGGCAUGGGCUUCAUACUGCGUUCAGGGAUUUGCAUGUAUGUCUCAUUGUCUUUAUAACAUACACUCUUUCUCAGAAUGAAUAAUUUCUGGUUAAUUUGUCUAUUUUGUAAGCUUAGGCUAGAGUUUUAUUAAAACUGGAUGUAGAUACUUGACUGAAUUCAAAUAGUUUUGCUGACUGAACAAGGGAAUGAAGGAAACAAUCGUAAAGAUAAAGACCAGCACAGCUACACGUACUUUCUUAAAUUAAAAAACUGCUUUAAACCUAGGAAACUUUAACAUGUCAAUUAGAAACUAAUUUUUCUUCCUUCAUAGACUCCUGGAUACUGCCUCCUAUGAGCUCAAGAGACAUCAAAAUGAAUGUAAACACAUAGUUUAUAUGUAGAAUACAAGAAUAAAGAAUAUUACAAAUGGGUAAAACAGGUCUUUAUUUUGACCUGCUUGAAGUGGUCUGGAUUUUAUUGUUGUUAGUUAUAUGCUAGCUUGCUUUGUGGAUGUCUGUAUGUUUGGUUUGAAAAUAUUAAGGUGUUGAAUAUAACUUUGACUGGAAAUGCUU